AUGACAUCAAGAUCUCGGACACAUAAUGAUUACACUGUUGGAUUGGUCUGCGCGCUAGCUAAAGAACAGACGGCCGCGAUCGCUAUGCUGGAUGAGCGCCAUGAGGACCUGCUCAAUCCGGCUCACGAUCACAACGCAUACACGCUGGGAUCUAUGAGCAACCACAAUGUGGUGAUCGCAUGCCUGCCUAAAGGUGAGGUGGGGACGAACUCAGCAGCGACCGUGGCAACUCGGAUGAUAUCUACAUUCCCAUCGAUCCGGUUCGGUCUGAUGGUGGGAAUCGGUGGUGGUGUUCCUCCGAAAGUGAGGUUGGGCGAUGUCGUGGUCAGUACGCCAGCGGGUGGCUUCCCGGGAGUGGUACAGUGGGACAUGGGGAAAGCAGAACAAAGACAGACGUUUAGACAAACGGGUGUACUAAAUAAUCCACCGAGCGCAUUACUUACAGCGCUUACGAAGCUCGAGUCAAAACACGACAUGGAAGGGUCUUCAAUCCCGCAGUACUUGGACGAUUUGAUGAUCAAAUGGCCAAAACUCGCGCCAAGAUAUUCAAAGUCGGAAAAGCUUGAGGAUGUUUGCUUUGAAGCAGACUAUGAUCAUGUCACAGCGAUUACCACGCACUCUGACAAGGGUCUAGGUAAAAAGCGGAACCACGAUGGCCAGAUGAUUAAACAAGAGGCCACUGAUUGCCGAUUUUGUGACCGACGCAGGACAUUGAAGAGGCAGCCCCAGGACAUGCUUGUCCACUACGGCCUGAUUGCUUCUGGUAACCAGGUCAUCAAAGAUGCGGUUUUUCGCGACAGGAUUAAUGCCAGGCUCGGGGGCGACGUCCUCUGCUUUGAAAUGGAGGCAGCUGGACUGAUGAACAGCUUUCCAUGUGCCAUUAUUAGGGGGAUCUGCGAUUAUUGCGACUCACAUAAGAACAAAGAUUGGCAAGAACAUGCGGCUGGGGUUGCUGCCGCCUUUGCAAAGGAAUUUUUAUCGGUUAUUCCGCCGACUCAGGUGACCGAAACACCUGCAGCAGCAGAGGUGAUGAAAGCCAUGUCGGACACAGUACAUAAGAUUGGAAAAUAUGCUGACACGAUACGCCAUGAUGUCUAUUUACUUCAGUCUUCUCAAGAGGACCAAUACCGCAAAACCCUGCGUUGUUGGCUGAGUCCAAUCGACUAUGAGACAAUUCAAAACGACACCUAUCGCAACUACCAAGAGGGAACCGGGAAGUGGUUCCUGGAUCAUCCCAAAUUCCAAAGGUGGGUGGCCAGCCCGUCACAAACACUCUUCUGUCCGGGAAUUCCAGGUGCCGGCAAAACGAUGAUGGCAUCUAUGGUAGUGAACCAUUUACGGUCAAAGUUCCUACACAAUUCUUGUUCUCAGCACGACAGGAUAGGCAUAGCCUUUAUCUACUGCAGCUACGAGAGACAGAGCGAGCAGAAAUCUGACGACCUGUUCGCAUCACUGUUGUCACAGCUGGCAUUGGAAGAAAGUCCCAUUCCACUGUCCAUUUCUAAACUCUAUAAUCGACACCAUCAAGGACGAGCACGACCUUCACUGCGUGAAAUAUCGAAUGAGCUUUAUUCCACUAUAGCCAAAUACUCCACAGUGUUUAUAGUGAUUGAUGCUCUUGAUGAAUGCCGAGACAAUACAACUCGUAAAAUCCUCUUGUCUGAAUUGUUCCAGCUGCAACAGAUAACGGAUAUUCGAUUGAUGCUGACUUCCAGACCUAACAUCUCACCAGAACACCAUAGCGUGUUAGACAUUCAUGCGGAUGAGAAAGACAUUCAACAAUACCUCAGACGCCAGAUGAAUCACCUGUCGAGAGUAGUGGAGGGCGAUGAGACAUUGCAACAUGAGAUUCAAGCACGAAUCUUAGAAUCAGCCAAUGGCAUGUUUCUGCUAGCUCAACUUUACAUUACCUCCCUUGAAGAUAAAAAUACAAAGAAGGCCAUUUACCGUCAAUUGGAUAAAAUGGUGACGGGGCACCAAGGUUUGGACCAGGCAUAUAACGGUGCCUUCCAAAGGAUCCGCGGCGACCUGGCCAAGGCGUUGCUGUCCUGGGUUGUUUGCGCCAGGAAAUUGCUCACAGGAGAUGAGUUACUGCAUGCCCUGGCAGUUGAACCUGGUACACGUAGUUUGGACACCACCAAUUUUUGUGACCUUCAGGAAAUAGUCUCUAGCUGUGCAGGCUUGGUGGUACUCGAUCCGGUAAGUAAAAAUGUUCGAUUGGUCCAUAAUACCGCGAAAGAUUAUUUUCAGCAAAAGAUUCACGAGUACUUCCCGUACGCCCACACGAACAUCGCUGUCAGCUGUCUCACAUACCUUGGUUACGAUGCUUUCAAGUCCGGCGCGUGUCCAAAUGACAAGGCAUUCGAAACGAGACUCCAACAGUACCCUCUGCUCGACUAUGCCUCCCGAUACUGGGCCGACCAUUCUCGAGGCGUGGAAGAGAGUGUGAAAGAUGUUGCUAUAGCAUUCCUCAUGGAGGAAAAAAAUGCUUUCGCCGCCAGUCAAUGCUUGUUCACUCCAGAAUUUCGUCAUGCGUCUUACAGUCGGAAGAUCCCGAUUGAAUUUACUGGGAUGCAUCUGGUGGCAUAUUUUGGUUUACAUCAUCUCUUGAUUCAGUUAUUGGAAAAGCUUCCCGUAGAUAUCGUAGACUGUUAUGGUCGGACACCACUCUCGUACGCUGCAGAACGCGGUCAUGCAUUGGCCGUAAGCCAGCUUGUCGACAACGGUGCCAAAGUCAACUCUAGAGAUAGAAAUGGCGGUACGGCGCUGCAUUAUGCAGCCUGGAAAGGCCAUGACGCUAUAGUCGCCUUAUUAUUAAGGAAGGGGGCAGACGUUAACAUCCGGGAUUCCGGCUGGGGCACGCCAUUGACUCGGGCUAUUGACGGAAAAUCCGAAACUACCCUCAAAAUUAUCCUGAGGGAAAAGCCGAGGAUGGAGUUUGUAUACUCGCCUUUCGCUCAAUUUGCAGAUGAAGAUCUUCCAGUACAGCUUCAGAGUCUACUCCGGCCUUGGAGGCAAAUACCGGCAUCCAAGGAACGAUAUAAGUUUUCAUAUGAAGACUUGCCAGAAUAUCUCGAAGUUAUGGGCCGCCCGAAGGGGAAGAUUAGAAGGGGAUUGAAUAUAACACCUAACCUACAUGAGCGGCACGGCUUCCCUUCAUCCAAGAUAAUAAGUCCAUAUCAAGUGGAACGGCGGAUAUUCCUACCAUUAGGGUUUGAAAUCAUAACGCAAGACGAGCCCCUUCUGAAUGACGGUUUGCAAUUUCUAUGGCGAGAUUAUUACCUCGGGCAGCCGUAUAAGGAUGGUGACUCAGACGUCCCACGAAAUGUAGGGUAUCCGAGCACAGGGUGGCUGUUAGAUGACCUAUUUUUCACUCCGCUGUUGCGGGCAGUUUGGAAGAGGAACUAUCCCGCUCUUAAGCUUCUGCUGGAGAAUGGCUGCUGCCCGCAUUUUGGGAAUAGUCGGGGCCUUACACCUCUGUUGUUGGCAACUAAGCUCAAGGAUGACACCAGCAGUGUGAUGUUGGAGAGGUCAUGCUUUCGCUCUGGGUGGCUUUACGGUUCAGCGAAUGAUCUACAGAGUAUCUCACCGUUUAGAAAAUAG